AGCGUCUGGUGACCCAGUUCACCCGCCACAAUAGCCUCGUCUGCACUUUCUAGAUGACCACUAUUGAAGAUGAAAAACACUAGUAGAAUCCUUCUGCGCGUGCGCGAGCUGCAGAGGAGGACGUCGUCCUCGUCGUCUGCACGAAAAAAAGAAAUAUCUUGGACGACAGCUCCAGGCUACGUCGCAAGCAGCAGUUCAUCUUCCUCUUCCACCUCAUCACGUGCCAAGUCUUGUUCUUCAAGAACAACUGUCACGUCGUUAUCAUUUACGCGAAGUAGAGCAGUAGCUUCUUUCUCGACGUCCAGCUCUUCAUCCUCGGCCCCAGGUCCCGAUGGAACUCCUGGAGACGAAGAAAACAAGGUAACAACAGGUAAGCCUUGUCCUGCACAUGGCGUUGUUACUACAUCGGAGGUUCACGGAGGCUCGCCAAGGUUACCCGGAACUGGAUUUGCGAAGAACAGCACUUCGUCACCCCUUAGUGAUAUUAUGAUCGGGAGGGUUUGGUACUUGUACUUCUUACUGCGGCCGCAGCUUCAAGUGCAUGAUGUGGAAAACCUAGUAGAGUAGUCAGCACGGUUGUUGACUUUUCCCCCUUGGCUUAGAGGUGUGCUGCAAAUCUUGACUGGCUCCUUCUUUUUUAUAUAUUUAUAAGGUUGGUGCUUAGGUCGUCCAGCGACGCUUAGCGCACUAAGUAAAGCAGCCGGCUAGUUUUCAUCUCUUCACUAUAGCUCCAUCCCUUCUCUUUUAGUAGAGUAGUCAUUUUUAUUAAAUCUUACUCUUACAUUCUUACUUUCAGAUUCAGUUCCCAAGUGCUGCAGGCUCAUCGUCAGAGUGUCAGUUUACUACCUCUGGAUUGAUGUUCUUCAUUAACUCUUCUCUAACGCACGCAUUCGGCGACGUUUUCCUAGUUCCUCCACGACUCCUGCGGGAGGACACUCGACGGGGACCACAGGGAAUCGCGAUCACACGAGUGAAUCAUGGACCACUAGUACCGGAUCGAAGUCAUUGUCGCAAGUUAUUUUAUGGACACUCAAAAAUAUUGUGGAGGAACAUCUAAGUCCAAUGAGCAGAAGUAUGAUUGGGAUUGACGUCAACUGUCCUGCUCUUAUAACGACGGCAUCUAUAAAAGCGAGAGCCAUAAAAACAUGAUAAACGUAUUGAUGUCCUCAUUGAUUCUUGCAACAGGAUUCAACAAUUCCUUCGCCUUUAAACGUCAACUGUCCUCUUAUAAUGACGCCUUUAAUCUUUGCGGGAACCAACGCACCUGCCACUCCAUCGUCUACAAGCAGCAGUGGUGGAGAGAUCGACGACCCUUUGAUGAAUAUCAGACAAUUAUGGUGAGUAGUUUUUCACUAUAAUCCUACGUGGUGGACGAUGCUGCGUUACUGAAGAAGUUCCCCUUGAUUUAAGGCGGAAACCGUCGAGUCGAAAUAGAAGGACAUCAACUCUUCACUCGAGAAAGUAGCUCUAAGACAAAGCCGAUUAGAGGAGCUGUUAGACGCAGAGAGGAUCAAGUUUUCUCUUCAAAUCCCGCCUCAACUCACCCUGAUGAAGAUUUUAGCGAUUCCAGAACGCGAUUACGAAUUUGCACUGCGAUCAGAAUUGCCGAAAAGAAUAGCAGUGCGAAUCAAACUGAUCGAAUCACUGCCCGGAUGGCAGUUGCAGAAGAACUUGCGGCACGUCCGAAACAUCUACGACAAGUCCUUUCGGUCGUUGAGGCUGUUGCAAAGGAGCGGCCAAGAACGGACUAGAAAUGAUGAUGAUGGUGCGCAUGCUAAGGCUAACCACCACAGCACGACCACAUCAUCGAAUACAAAAUCCUCACCAGAAGAGACGGAUGAGUUGGUUUCCGUGAUUCAGCAAAUGAAACAUCGUCAUGGACAGAUUACGCCACACGUGAUAGCAGGAAUAGCGGAAAUGAAAGCCGCAAAAUUACUAUCGGUCGCCAAAGUCGACGAGUUUAUGUCACGAUUUCUACGGCUACUUCAAGAAGUUGUUUUUAUAUAUAUAUAAAUAUAGUUAAGACAUCAUCGUCGCGACUUUUUCGGACGCUCCUGCUCCCGCUCCUGUGCCUGCUGCUCAACAUCAAAAUACUAACUAGUACUUAAUUUAUUUUAAUACAUCAACAGCUUGCUAUGUCUAUCUGAUUUUUACAACAAGAACACGUAUGUCCUCGUUUUACUUUCUCACUGCUCCUUGUUCUUCCUUGUUCAUACCUAUUCAAAGCGCGUAUCGGGACAGAGUGCUUGACGACGCACUUCCUCGCUAUGUGGGAUAACGAAGAAGGAAUCAUCGACCGCAAUGCUGAUUUGCAUGGUAUUUUAAGGGUAGGCUGGAAAUGUGUACUUGUUGCCGUUCGUUUUGCCUUUCUGAAGACGGAAAGGCAUAACGAAAACGAGCAGGGUAAACGAAGGCCAAGAGUCUCCCUCAAAGUAUUCUGCUAGCAGCAGCCGAAGACGCGACAGAGGUGUGCCAGUUGAGCUAUCCGAAAUUGGGUAUAGCUAUAGCUUUUCAUGCAUAGAACAAUGUCGACUUCUUCGAGAAGGUCUUUGCAUGCCUGCUACAGAUUAUCAAUGAUUUUUUCGUUCCAUAUUUGAAGUAUGGUCGUACUACUACUUAAAAACUUCCUUAAUUUAAUCAUAUCUUCAAUCUAAAAAUCCAAUACAACUACAAUGAACCUCUACAAUCAGAACCUCCGAGAAUAAUGAUUCGGAGUCAUGGAGAACAAGUACGCAACGUCCCUCUCGUACCUGAGUACCUCCACUACGCAUGCUUCGAACUCUUGAAAAACUCUUUGCGAGCUGUCAUCGAGUGGCACAAGGAUCAGUGUGUCGUUCCACCCGUUGGGGUCAGCGAAGAUGAAGAACAAGAUGAAAACGCUUCAGCGGAAAAUGUUGACAAGAAAAAGAACACUUCUGCAGCAAAUAACUCGCGACAAGGAGAAAACGGAACAAGUAAUGAUGACCAGGAAGUUGUGAAACUGAGUGGAGGCGACAACGCAGACUGCGCUGAAGGUCAUAUUACAUCUCGUUCUCGCGACAGGGCAGUGCAGGGCAAGAGAGGCUUUGGCAUCGGAGAGAUGCAUUACGAGGAAGUAGUACGUUUGCGCGUCGAUGGAGAUGAAAUAGCGCCAAUUAGGUGGCCGAUUACGGCUUCUGGAUAUUGACACUUGAUAACACGACUUGAAAAACAGAACAGCGACAAUCAUUCAACAUGUAAGUACAAGUAGAAGUACACAACGACAACUACACAAUCCACGUCAGGUCGUUAGGUUAGGUUAUGGAUCCUGCACGUCGAGCCCCACCGGUACCUGCUCGACUCCAGGGAUCCUGAUGGGUGACCUGUAUAAAGUCUACAAUGAGCACCGAGGCAGGUGGCCUGACCCUGAGUAAAGUCGUUGCGAAUAUUACAAUCACAAAAUCCUACGCCUAGCCUCUCCAUCGAGGACCCACGUUACGAAUAUUACAGUCACAAAAUCCUAAACCUAACAUCUACAAUCACAAAAUCCUAAGCUAGGAUCAACUAAAACGUUCUCUAACCCUCGUCGAGCAACCGGCGGGCCACCGAUAACUGUAGACGUAUGUUGUGACAGGGAUACGGUCACUGUGAGGAUUUCGGAUGAAGGCGGCGGCAUUCCGAGAGACCAAAUCGACAAAAUUUGGUCCUACUUGUUCACGACUGCCAAGCCGGUUACUUUAUGAACAGCCAAUUGAUGCACAACUCCUACUCGUCAGAUAUAGCUGCUUUCAAAAAUAAUCUCAUUAUUUUCUAGAUGUUUUAGUUUUCCUAUCAGUCUCACCCCCUCCCUCACGUAAAGCAAAAGUAAAGCAACUAAAGCGCCCCUCUUCCAAUACCAAAAAAAUUAUCCUCAACACUCUUUCUUCAUUCCCAAACUUCGGCGAUCGAGAUGACGAAAUAGUACCAAUGGCCGGAUUUGGGUGUGGUUUGCCGUUGACGAAGGAAUACGUUAACUGGGUAGGUGGCAGGAUAGAGCUUGUGUCUCUUCCAACGUUUGGAACGGAUGUGUAUUUGAGCCUAGCUCGAAAUUGAAGAAGAAUAAGAAAUUUGUGCUUCUACUAUACCUGAAGCAGAGUAGGACUACUAGGAGUACGUCUCUACUAGUAUGCUGCGAAUACCGGAGCUAUGCGUUUGCUAGAGAACACGAUGUUUACCGAGACUCUGACUACAUGUGCAUUUACUUUUGCGAGAUGAGCACCUGCAACUCCAGCAGGUUCAACCGCAAUUCAUGGUAUACAAGUUGAUGUGUUUUCAGAAAAUGCUGAAGCUCGUUUUGUGAUGGAAAGAUUCAAGAAGCCUUUUUGAUUGCUUUUUUUGUUGGUUCUGUCUCUUGCUGGCCAAGUAAAG